AUGUUAAAGUUACUAAUUUUAUUAUCGGCCGUCGUUGGCGCUUUAGGUGCUACAGUACCAGAGGGCAUGCUUCCCCAAUUGGAUGGUCGCAUUGUUGGCGGUGUAGCUACCACCAUCAGCUCCUUUCCCUGGCAAAUCUCACUCCAACGUAGUGGCUCUCACUCCUGUGGUGGUUCCAUAUACAAUAAUCAAAUCAUUGUGACGGCAGCUCACUGUUUACAAUCUGUUACUACCUCUGUGUUAAAGGUCCGUGCUGGUUCUUCCUUUUGGUAUUCUGGCGGAGUUUUGUUGGAUGUUGCUGCUUUUAAGAAUCAUGAAGGUUAUGAUGCCGAUACUAUGAUAAACGAUAUAGCCGUGAUACGUUUAAGCUCAUUAUUAAUCACAUCAUCCACCAUUAAGCCAAUAGCUUUGGCUACCAGUGCUCCGGCUAAUGGUGCUGCUGCUACUGUAUCUGGCUGGGGUACUACCGCGUCUGGUUCUGCCUCUCUACCCAGUCAAUUGAGAUCUGUGGAUGUUAAAAUUCUAAGCCGCACCCAGUGCGCAUCUUCCAGCUAUGGUUAUGGUUCUGAAAUCAGAUCUACCAUGAUUUGUGCCUAUACUGUCGGUAAAGACUCUUGCCAAGGUGAUUCUGGUGGUCCAUUGGUAUCCGGUGGACUUUUGGUUGGUGUUGUAUCUUGGGGCUAUGGUUGUGCCUUCACUAACUACCCUGGUGUCUAUGCUAAUGUUGCCGAUCUCCAAUCUUGGAUUGUUAGCAGUGCUAAUUCCGUUUAA